ACAAAUCUCUGAAACAUGUCUAUUCAUUUUACAAACAAAAAAUACACCCUCCCUUUCUCCUUUCCACUCCUUAAAACCGAACUUUCAGGCAGACCCAAAAGAAGAAGAAGAAGAAAAAAAAGACUCCUCUCCUCCAGAUCCCCUAUACCCUCUAUUCCUUUCGAUGGAGGAAUCCAAGCAGCCAUUUCUUGUUGCUCCAAACGAUAACAUACAGCAGCAGCAAGACCCGAUUCCUCCUUUAUCAUCAUCACCUUCUUUUACAGCUGACGCAGAAGACAUCCAGCCCAUCAACGGCCUUCAGGAUUUCUACACAGAGUUCUGUGCAGAGUCGAAGAAGCUGUGGUACCUUGCCGGCCCGGCAGUUUUCACCACCUUGUGCCAGUACUCGCUCGGAGCCGUCACCCAAGUCCUCGCCGGCCAUGUUGGCACCUUGGAGCUUGCUGCUAUCUCUGUCGAGAACUCUGUUAUUGCUGGCUUCUCCUUUGGUGCCAUGCUUGGAAUGGGGAGUGCUCUGGAGACACUCUGCGGCCAAGCAUACGGAGCAAAACAGCUGGACAUGUUAGGAAUCUACAUGCAGAGAUCAUGGGUCAUCCUCACAACGACGGCCUUCCUCCUCAGCUUCCUCUACAUCUUCGCCGGGCCGUUCCUCGAGCUGAUCGGGCAGACCCCGGAGAUCUCCCGAGCCGCGGGGACCUUCUCCAUCUACAUGCUGCCACAGCUGUUCGCCUACGCGGUCAACUUCCCCAUCGCCAAGUUCCUCCAGUCUCAGAGCAAGAUCAUGGCCAUGGCCGUCAUCUCCACCGUCGCCUUGGUCCUCCACACUUUCUUCAGCUGGCUCCUCAUGCUGAAGCUCGGCUGGGGGAUGGUGGGGGCCGCGGUGGUCCUCAACGGCUCGUGGUGGUUCAUCGUCGUGGCUCAGCUUCUCUACAUCUUCAGUGGGACUUGUGGGCAGGCCUGGAGUGGCUUUUCGUGGAAGGCGUUUCAGAAUUUGUGGGGGUUCGUCAGGUUGUCACUUGCUUCGGCUGUUAUGCUCUGCUUGGAAGUUUGGUAUUUUAUGGCUUUGAUCCUUUUUGCUGGGUAUCUGAAGAAUGCAGAGGUCGCUGUCGAUGCCUUGUCCAUAAGCAUGAACAUACUGGGGUGGACAGUGAUGGUGGCCCUGGGAAUCAAUGCAGCCAUCAGCGUAAGGGUGUCGAACGAACUAGGAGCAGCCCAUCCAAGAACCGCAAGGUUCUCGCUAGUGGUAGCAGUGAUAUCUUCCUUCCUGACGGGACUCCUAAUCUCCCUUAUCCUCUUCAUUGCCAAAAACGGGUACCCAGCUCUGUUCUCCAGCGAUACCGACGUCAAGGCACUAGUGAAGGCGCUCACCCCAUUGUUAGCUCUCUCCAUUAUCAUCAACAACGUCCAACCUGUUCUCUCCGGGGUGGCCAUUGGAGCAGGAUGGCAAGCAGCAGUGGCAUAUGUGAACAUUGCUUGCUACUACGCGUUUGGGAUUCCCAUUGGUCUAAUUUUCGGCUACGUGCUACACCUGGGUGUCACGGGGAUCUGGUAUGGGAUGCUGGGAGGGACAGUACUACAGACUCUGGUUCUCUUCUGGAUGGUCUACAGAACCAACUGGAACAAAGAGGCUUCUGCUGCAGAAGAAAGGAUAAGAAGAUGGGGAGGAGAUGAAGGAACCAAAGAGACUAAAGCUUGAUAUAAAAUGAACUCUAGUAUCUUCCGCAAUUUAGCGUCAACAGGGACAAACUUUAUUAUCAUUUUAAAGCUACUGGGAGUGGGCAGUGCUCAACUCCUGGGCAAAACCAGAACAUAUAACUACUCCUUGUUAUAUGGUUCUCCUUCAUCUUUGCUCGAAACUUCACAGCAAAGUCAACACAUAAUUAACUUUGCCUAUUGCAUGUUGGCUGUUGCGCGUAUCACAAUUCAAAUAAAAACAUAAUGACAGAAACACACAGG